AUGAGAUCAGCCGUAAGAGUUUUUGGUAAGAACCGUGUUAGUGGGUUGAGAUUUGCUAGCACCAGUAGUAAAUCUCCAAUUCAUAAGUCUAGUGCUACUCUGCGUUUUGGGAGAUCAGCUAAGUCUGGCUAUAGUGCGUUUUCGUUCGGUAAGAAAGUCAUCACUGGUGGUGCCUUUCUUGUUGCCGGUUCGGUUGGUAUUGCAUUGAUUUCUCAAUUCAAUGAUAGCGUUGAAAAUGGUGCCAAGGUCGAUAUGACGAAACCAAAGGUUUCUCCAACAGAAGUCGCAAAGCACUCUUCUCCCAAAGACUGUUGGGUGGUCAUUGAGGGUUACGUAUACAAUUUGACUGAUUUCAUCAGCGCCCAUCCUGGUGGUCCAGCUAUCAUUGAGAACAACGCAGGAAAAGAUGUGACCAAGAUCUUUGCUCCAAUUCAUGCUCCAGAUGUCAUCGAAAAAUACAUUGCUCCAGAGAACAGAAUUGGUCCACUAGAUGGUACAAUGCCUGAUGACUUGGUCUGUGCUGCAUUGACCCCAGGUGAAACUCCCGAAGAUGUGGCAAGAAAGGAACAAUUGCGUCAAUCUUUACCCGAUAUUGAUUCCUUGGUUAACAUCUAUGAUUUCGAAUUCUUGGCAUCCCAAAUCUUGACUAAGCAAGCUUGGUCUUACUACUCUUCUGCCGCUGAUGAUGAAGUUACACAUAGAGAAAACCACGCUGCAUACCAUCGUAUAUUCUUCAAGCCAAGAAUCUUGGUUAACGUUAAGGAAGUUGACACUUCCACUACAAUGUUAGGUGAAAAAGUCGGUGUUCCAUUUUAUGUGUCUGCCACCGCAUUGUGUAAACUAGGUAACCCCAAGGAAGGUGAAAAGGACAUCGCAAGAGGUUGCGGUGAAAGUGACGUGAAACCUGUUCAAAUGAUUUCCACUUUGGCUUCUUGUUCUUUACAAGAAAUCGUGGAAGCAGCCCCAUCUAAGGAACAAAUCCAAUGGUUCCAAUUGUAUGUGAACAGUGACCGUAAGAUCACUGAAGAUCUAAUCAAGAACGUUGAAAAAUUAGGAUUAAAGGCCAUUUUCGUUACAGUAGAUGCUCCUUCCUUAGGUAACAGAGAAAAAGAUGCUAAAGUCAAAUUUACAAACUCAAACGGUGCCAAGGCUAUGGAAAAAAGUAAGGUUAAGGAAUCUAAGGGUGCUUCUAGAGCUCUCUCGUCAUUCAUUGAUCCUGCAUUAAACUGGGAUGAUAUCAUCGAAUUUAAGAAAAAGACCAAAUUGCCAAUCGUCAUCAAGGGUGUUCAAUGUGUUGAAGAUGUCUUGAAAGCUGCUGAAAUCGGUGUUGCAGGUGUCGUUCUAUCUAACCACGGUGGUAGACAAUUGGAUUUCUCUAGGGCUCCUAUCGAAGUGUUGGCUGAGACUAUGCCAGUGCUAAGAGAAAAGAAAUUGGAUGAUAAAAUCGAAAUUUUCAUUGAUGGUGGUGUUAGAAGAGGUACCGAUAUCCUAAAGGCAUUGUGUCUUGGUGCCAAGGGUGUCGGUCUAGGUAGACCAUUCUUAUACUCUAACAGUUGCUACGGUAAAGAAGGUGUCAAGAAAGCCAUUGAGCUAUUAAAGGACGAAUUGGAAAUGUCGAUGAGAUUACUCGGUGUCACAAGUAUAGACCAAUUAUCCGAAAAAUACCUAGAUCUAUCUACAAUCCAUGGUAGAACUGUCAAUGUUCCUCGCGAUAACCUAUACCGUGAGGUAUAUGUCCCACAUGAACCAACUCAAUUCUUAGAGGAAUGA